AUGUUGAGGUUAUGUGGUUUUGCGAAAGUAGCUUUUUCUUGUUUUAUAAACGCCACCCUUUGUUUGUUUGGUUUCAUUUUCUGUGAAAACCAGGCUAGCACCAGUACCGACGUGCCGAUGGAAUCAGUGGACGCGGCCGGACCGGCAUCCGGUGCGCUCAGCCCCAACACAGUGAACGGUAAUGGGAACGAUCUGGCCACCAACGCAGAGGAUAUGACUUCGCGUGACUAUUACUUCGACUCGUACGCACAUUUCGGCAUCCACGAGGAGAUGCUGAAGGAUGAGGUGCGCACGCUGACCUACCGGAACGCGAUGUAUCACAAUAAGCAUCUGUUCAAGGGGAAGGUCGUGCUGGACAUCGGCUGCGGUACCGGCAUCUUGUCGAUGUUUGCGGCGAAAGCGGGUGCAGCGAAGGUCAUUGCGAUCGAGUGUUCGAACAUAAUCGACUACGCACAGAAGAUUAUUGAGGCGAACAAUCUAAAGGAGACGAUCACGCUGGUGAAGGGUAAGGUGGAGGAGGUGACACUACCGGAUGGAAUCGAGAAGGUCGAUAUCAUCAUUUCCGAGUGGAUGGGUUACUGUUUGUUUUACGAGUCCAUGCUGGAUACGGUCAUAUAUGCGCGUGACAAGUGGCUGAAGAAGGACACGGGCAUGAUGUUCCCGGAUCGGUGCACACUGUUCGUAACGGCGAUCGAGGACCGGCAGUACAAGGACGAAAAGAUUAACUGGUGGGAUGAUGUGUACGGAUUUAACAUGAGCUCGAUCCGUAAGGUGGCGAUAAGCGAACCGCUGGUGGAUGUGGUCGAUCCGAAGCAGAUCGUUACCACCUCGUACAUGGUGAAGGAGAUAGAUCUGUACACGGUGAAGAAAGAGGACCUAGAGUUUGAAUCAUCCUUCCAUCUGUUGGUAAAGCGGAAUGACUUUGUGCAGGCGCUGGUGACGUACUUUAAUGUGGAGUUUACCAAGUGCCACAAACGGCUCGCCUUCAGCACGUCGCCCGAUGCCGCCUAUACGCACUGGAAGCAGACGGUGUUUUACUUUGACGACUAUUUGACGGUGAAGAAGGGCGAAGAAAUUUACGGUACGUUCAAGAUGAAACCAAACGUGCGCAACAACAGGGAUCUGGACUUUACCGUCGAUCUGCACUUUAAGGGUGAACUGUCGCAGGUGCACGAAAAAAAUCACUACCGGAUGCGCUAGA